AGGGCGUAGAGCUGGCACUGGAAGUGAUCAAGAAGAUCAUCUGCAAGACUGAUUGCGAUCAAAUACCUAUCCUUCGAAUUCACAAUAGCGAUUGCGAUUGUUCUCGUUUUUAUAUAUACUAUAAGUAGGCAAGAAGUUGAUGAAGUUCUUCCUGUUCCUAGAAAAUUUUCUUUUACGUUCGAGUUACGGAUCGGAUCCCGUGUAUACGCCUCUGAAAAUGAAAUCUCUACUUCAUAAUUAGUGAUAGUAAGUAUUGAGUAACUCUGGCACUGGCUAGAAUUCAAUUUCAAACAUUGCUGCAGCAGCAAAAAAUAUAAUUAAGGAAGUAGAAGAAAACAACAUUUGUGCUUGGUAGAAGAUAGACCUAUGUAAGUACAGCAAAAACUUGCAUGCGACAUCAAACCAACAAUCACUAGGAAAUAUCGCUCCUGAAUCGCAGGUCGGGUAUAACACUUUGAAAGUUUGAUGUGCAAAUAUCAAGAAUUGAUUGAGUUAUACCAAAGAUAGACUUGUCUGGUGAUUCGUGGUGGUGCCGGGGACGAGAGAUUGAAGACGGUGCUACUAGUUGUGCUUAGAAUAAUCGACUGAAUUUUGAUAGCUGCACGUCAGUCCGCUGAUUCUUGACAUUUCUUCUAGAACUUUCUCCUGCGUCCACCGACUGUGCUAAAUCCCGCCAAGCAUCCCCUUUUAUUAUAACAAGGGUGUCUUGUUUUUGUUUUUGAUGAUUGCAUAUUCCACCUUGUAUUUUUCGAGUUAAGCAGUAACAUCAGAACAGAAAAUGCAACGUCGUUCUAUGAAUAGUGCUGCUGAGGAGCCGAAGGAGGAGCGGCGAAAGUCCCUUCUUGUUGCAGCCGGUGACGACGAGGAUGAGCGAUCCCGGUUGAUUCGCGCGUUGGACCUGGAGUCGGGGGGCCAAAUGGCUCCGCAGGGCCUCAAUGAGCGGCGAAAGGGUAGACGUAACUCGACUGGUCAAGGAGAGUCAAGAGCGGGUGGCUCGUCCUCAUCGUCGGCACCGUACCCCUUUUCAGGGAAUGCUCAAUACAACAGCCUAGGAGACACUGACCAAGAAGAGCGGAUGGCGUAUGUGAACGUUGGAGUGGAGCAUAGUCCGGACCCGGAGGACGGACAACAGGCGCGGUUGAGGGGGUGCAACGUGGCCGUGGUGCGCGAACUGGAACAGCCGGUACUGGAUGAAGAGGAGCGGAAGACCUAUCGAAACAUGGUCUUGCACGGUGACCCGGACCCGGACCCCGAGAACCGCGACACGUUCAACAAUCGAACGACGAGAGAGAGAGGCAGCCUCGGGGGCCUCAACUAUGGUUUUCAGCCAACGAUAGGUCAGCUGGGUGGAGGAGGGCCUUCCGCCGAGUCUUCGGGAGCGAGUGACGCCGGUACGUCAGCAGCGCCAGACGGUCUGUUACGUGGAUCUCGGGCAAAUAGCAUCUUGUCGCAAAGUCCUUCUGCUGUGCCAGCAGGCUAUUGUAACCCGGAAUUUGUGGAGGCCGUAACGCACGAGAAAAAUCUGACACUCGAGUGGCGUAAUCUAACGUUUAAAGUAGGCGGCGCGCAGAAAAAAGCGAUCCUCAAAGACUGCUACGGAAAACUCUACCCAGGACAGGUCUGCGCGCUGAUAGGGCCGUCAGGUGCAGGCAAGAGUACACUGAUGAAUCUUCUCGCAGGAAGGCAAUCAUGGAAAGGCAAGGGUGUUGAGAUGACAGGAGAGGUCAGGUAAGAAAAACAAUUUUUUAUGUCGAUUUGCUCGGCUCGAUGUCGACGCUGCAACGAGUAUGAAUCCAGCUUCUCUUGUUUUUUGUGCUGAAGAGCGUUGCGGUUGUAGUACAAGAACGAUGAAUGCCACUAAUCCGGUGGUCCCUCUGCAAUUCUAAUUUGAACGCUUCUGGGGCAGCUCGGUCAAAAACAAAAAAUCUACCUAGAUACAACAACCAGCAGCUAGACGUUCUCUCUGCACUUCCACCAAAUCCUUCCAAUAAGAUGUUCUUCCAUCUCCACAAUUAACAGGUAUGGUGGAAAGCUCGUCGAAUUCGACGAUUUAAAGUCAUCAAUAGCCUAUGUUAUGCAACAAGACGCACUUUUGGGAACACAAACAGUCUACGAGACGCUACUGUUCGCAGCACGCAUGAAGCUACCAGCAUCCACGAAUGCGGAGGCGCUUCAUCACAACGUUGAAACGACACUGAAACAGUACUGCUUGACUUUUUCUUUCUUUUUUGUUUUGAGAAACGAGGAUAAUAGAAUGGACGAUGAGAUUGUUUUUACUUAAUAAGUUCUCGUGUUUUGCCCCCCCAGGCUGUCAUUUAUGUCCACGUGUACACGUGUACCUAGGAGUAAGAAUCCAUAUUUGGAUGAGGUUCUUCUUCUUGCAUAAUAUCAAAAAAACGAGACCAAAAGCAAUUCCAGUUUUAAUUUUUCGCCAUUUUUCGCUCAACAGACUAGACCUCUGGGAACAACGAAACGUGCCAAUCGGAGAUGCGUUCCGAAAGGGCAUUAGCGGUGGUCAGAAGAAGCGUGUGUCGGCAGCUUUAGAGCUCUUAACCCGACCAUCAGUGAUGUUUCUCGAUGAGCCGACAAGUGGUCUGGACUCGUUUUCGUCCUUGAAAUUGAUUGCCGAGCUGAAAAACAUUGCAGUCGCCGAGAACGCGAUUAUUUGCUGCACAAUCCAUCAGCCGAGUUCUGAAAUUUUUGACAAUUUUGAUCGCGUCAUCUGCAUGCGUGAGGGUGAGAUCAUGUUCAACGGCUACAACGGAAAAGCAGCGGAAGCCUUGGUGACUGCGAACGCGCAGGAAGCCAACGCGCUUACGGCCGGCACAGUUGCUGGAGGAAACUUUUCGGCAGCGGCCUUGCAGCAGCAACAACUUUUGAACGACGCUUCCCGCAUUUACACCAUUAUGGGCUUCCUCGAGCUCAUUGUCGGCCGCUCCUUGCCCACUGGGUACAACACUGCGGAUUGGCUCCUCUACCUAGCACAGAGUAUGGACGAGGAGGAAGCAAGGGAAGUGAUCGAGCAAUGUGCUCGUGCCUACGAGCUGCGCAAUCACGGGUAUGCGGCGACCCGUGUGCCCCUGGUCGAUUACAGGGCAGUGGAACUCCGGGACGCGCCUCCACCUAAUGUGAUGAGUCUCGAUAAGAAAAACGUCUACUGGGGACAGGAUGUCGGAGGGUACUUUCACACCUACAACUUCCUACUUUUAAUACUUUCUCAUCACUGUGCUCAAAAGAGAAUUUGGGUCAUCAUUAAGUGCUAGUAGAAGGAGAUAUACUUACAUAAAAGGCACCAACAUAUGCAUUCAAACUCCGCAAAUUUCGGUUUCGGAUUUGCAGAUAAUAAUGAAGAAAAUCGAAUGUCGAUUUUUUCUUUUUCAGGGGCAAGACGGCAUUGGAUGAUUUGUUUACUGUGCCGGAGCAUGCGGAAAGCCAGUCGCAAGAAGCGGUGGUAGACUCUUCCGGUGUCCACGCUGAGGACCCUGACCGUCAGACCAUGUUGGCAGCAGCCAAAGACGACGAUGUCGACUUGGAAGAAAAUCCAACGCUAGAGGUAGGCAAACAAGUGAGGAGAUUGAAUUGGUCAGCGGAAAUCAUCGACUACAUGGACAUAGGAGUCGGCCCAGAUGCGCUGAAACGUAUGCACGUCGAUGCCCAGUGGAUCCAAGAGCAUCCAGCAACGAAGGAGCUCAUGUUAGCACGACAAAAGCAGAACGGACUAUGCUUCCAGCUCUGGUUUCUCACUCAGCGCGAGUGGGUGCACAGGCUCAGGUAAUCAAACACUAGUAUUUGUCUCCAUUCGUUGUCGUACUCGUACGGAAUAGCUUUUUAGCUUGUUAUUGUUACGAGAAAGAAAAAGAAUCACAAGGCUGCUUAAUAUGUUUGUCUCAUUUGGCUGUGGCUCUGGAUGAUCGAUAGAAUUACUUCAUGAGCGAGGAGCAGCACGUGACCGCAGACGCUGUCCGGAUCAGCUGCACGCCUGUCCGCUCUCCAACCUAGAUCGUGCACGUUUUUUUCUUAAUCCAAAAUCUCUUAUUGUUUUUCACCUCCUUCUCAGGGACCCGUGGAUCUUGUUUUACCGGUUCUUAAUUCCGAUAAUGCAAGUGACUUUGUUCGCAGUAGGAUUUACGAAUAUCGGGAGACAGCUUCGGGAGGGUCACUAUGACAGGGAGGGAAAGCUUAUUAAAACCCCUGGUGAGUACGGUGAGAAAAUCCGCGAGCUUUACGGUGCAGCAAACAAUAUUAUCUGGAUUUUCAUGUUCUCGACAGCUGGAGGAUUCUCGCUCACCAUUCCGCAAGAACGCGCCAUCUUUCUCCGAGAGUACAAUUCACUCUUUGAAUAUGAAUUUCGAUUUUGGCUUUGACCUAGGUUCCGUUUCCAUUUUCCUAUGUCUUUACGGUACAUUAAUUUUCUUUUUCAGUAAUAUUUCCUGCUACAUAAAGAUAAAAGCAGGUUGUCCACACAUCGGAUCGAACUAAUGAUAUCCCUGUCGAAUCAAUAUUCUACCGAAUUAUAGCAUUAGAGCAUCCAACGCCAAGAAUCGAAUUCAACGUGGCAUCACGCCCCCCCAAUCAUAGGUACCAUUCGAACCUGUAUGGCAUCAUUCCAUACGUUCUGGCGAAGAUCAUGAUCGAGAUGUUGAUUAUUCUGGUGCAGGCAGCUUUGUUGCAGGUCAUUGUGUAUUUUGCGUGGGGUAUGAACAGCAACUUCUUCUUCCUCUGGGGCGUGACUUUCUUGCUUGGUAUGGGCGGAAGCGCGAUCGGACUUUUUCUGGCGUCUUUGAACUGUAACGCACCGGAACGAAGCGUGAUGAUGACCCCGAUUUUCCUGAGCAGCGUGCCUAACGUGUUUUCCGGCGCAUUUCGUGCUGUCAGCGAGAUGCCUUCCUGGAUGAACUGGAUGGCGUACGUCAUUCCUAGUACUCACGGGCUGCGUUUGAUUGGAUACAUCGAGAACAAGGGUUACCUCGAAAAUCAUCUGCAAAUCGCUGGACGGAAAUGGAAGCCGCCGCAUCCCGACGGAGUGUCACCGCCUUUGGAUUUUCAUGAAAUGUAUGUAGAAGCUCGUACAAAGUGGUGGGAGCGCCAUAUGAUCAAUGACACGCUUGUCAUUGCCUACAGUUUUGCCCUUUUCGGCAUCAUCGCGCUCAUGUACGUCGCCUCGAUCGCCUUCUUAAAAUUUGGAUCUCGCAGUUUGUACAUGUAA